CAACUGUUAACUAUGCUUGUGCAAGAAACUACUCGAACUUUGACCCACUUCGAAUGCGAUACGCACAGGCCGUUGAAAAUUGGUCCGUUUUGCAAUUGAUUCAUAAAAGAGUCGGUACAAUAUUUGUUCCAAACAUUUCUCAACUCGAGAUUAAUCUGAGAUAAGCCGUAUUUAGCACAAAGCCAAAGAAAAUUCUUACAACGCAGCAACGCUUAUUGCAACAUGUUUGCUUAAUACGGACUAAUAUGCAUUAACUUGCCGCUUAAAUUUAGUGGUAAUACAUCAGUUACAGACUAAAGUCAAAUCCUGGUUCAUAAUGUCAUCUAGAUAGUCGGACUGUACGGCGAACGAAGGUUGUACUUAAUCCACUCCCAAAUUCCAAAGUCCUUCCAAACAACACUGUACACUCGAGGAUUUUACCUAUGUUGUGCAUAACCAAUGGCUCGAUACGCUCACAUUAAAGAUUCAGUCGCACUGAUUACCCUCACAAACCCACCCGUCAACGCACUCAGCGCAGCGGUGCGUCAUGGCAUCACAGAAUCCGUGACAAGAGCCCUCCGUGACCCUACCGUGAAAGCGGUGGUGCUGUGUGGGGAAAAUGGGAAAUUCUGCGGAGGGGCAGACAUCCGUGAGUUUGCUGGACCAAUGACUGGCCCUGCGUUCGUGCCCAUGCUAGAUGAUAUUGAAGCAGGGGAUAAGCCUGUGGUUGCAGCCAUAGAGGGGAUGGCCCUGGGAGGGGGACUGGAGCUCGCCCUGUGCUGUCACUAUCGCAUCGCCCACUCCAAGGCGCGGCUCGGGCUCCCAGAGGUGACCCUUGGUCUCCUUCCUGCGGCUGGCGGAACACAGCGCCUGCCAAGACUGAUCGGCAUUCCUGCUUCGCUGGAGCUUAUCACCACAGGGCGUCAUAUCUCUGCUCAGGAGGCUCUGAAACUUGGAAUUGUAGACCAGGUCACUGACAAAAACGCGUGUGAGGUGGCAGUGGAGUUUGCCCAGAGAGUUAUGGACAAGCCCCUUGAGUCGCGUAGGGUGAGUCAACAAACUGUCCAGUGUCCCCCAGACUUGGAAGCUCUCCUGGAGAACACCAUGGUCCAAGUGAAGAAACGAGCACGUGGUGCUAUCGCUCCCGUAGCCUGUGUCAAGGCGGUGAGGGCAGCUGCCACCCUGCCUUACAAACAGGGCAUGGAACGAGAGAGGGACAUGAUGGGUACACUCUUCAACUCUGGCCAGGCCCGUGCCUUGCAGUAUUUUUUCUUCGCCCAGAGGGCUGUUGGGAAAUGGAGUCUUCCCAGUGGGGCAUGCUGGAACAACACCAAGCCCAAACCUGUCCACAGGGCCGCUGUAAUAGGUCUCGGCACCAUGGGAAGAGGGAUCACAGUCUCUCUCGUAGCAGCCGGUGUCUCUGUUGUCGCCGUGGAGGUUGGGGAGAAGCAGCUCCAGGCUGGGAAGCAGAUGGUGAUGGCCAUACUGGAGAGACAAGCCCAGAAAAAAGGUGUGGCCGCUCCCCUGGACCUCCUCCGGUUCUCGAACAACUUAAAGGACAUUGGCGGAGUGGACCUGGUAAUUGAGGCCGUGUUUGAAGAUAUGGCGCUGAAGAAACAGAUUUUUAAAGAGCUGUCAUCUGUCUGCAAGAUUGAUACCCUCCUCUGCACCAACACCUCUGGGCUGGACAUAGACGUCCUAGCAUCCAUCACAGGAAGGCCACAGCAGGUGGUUGGCAUGCACUUCUUUGCACCAGCUCAUAUGAUGAAACUCCUGGAGGUUGUGCAUGGGAGGCAUUCCUCCCCUGAGGCUGUGGCCACAGCAAUGUCACUGGGCAAGAAGAUGGGAAAGGUUAGCGUUGCGGUGGGAAACUGCCCUGGCUUUGUGGGAAACCGCAUGCUUAUGCCAUACGUGGAACAAGCCAACUUCCUACUGGAGGAAGGUGCUACACCUGAGCAGGUGGACCAGGCUCUGGAGGAGUUUGGUUUUGCCAUGGGAGUCUUCAGAAUGUCCGACCUGUCUGGGCUGGAUGUGGGAUGGAGAGUUCGGAAGGAGGCUGGACUGACUGGACCCAGCGUCGCCGCGACAGAGUCUCCACGGAAACGCCAAGGCCGCAGGUACGGCCCGAUAGCUGACCUGAUCUGUGAGCAGGGUCGACUGGGGCAGAAGACUGGGUGUGGCUGGUACCUGUAUGACAGGCCUGGAGGUCGAGAGGCAAAGCCAGACCCUUGGAUCCGUCGCUUUCUCGAAGAGUACAGGACCAAACACGGUCUUAAGGCCCGCGCCAUCGACAAGCAGGAGAUUCUCGAUCGCUGUCUGUUCUCUCUGAUCAACGAGGGCUUCCGUGCUCUGGAGGAUGGCAUCGCAGCUGGUCCCGAGGAUGUCGACGUCAUCUACGUGUUCGGGUACAGCUGGCCACGCCACAUGGGUGGACCCAUGUUCUACGCUGGAAUGGUGGGUCUAGCCAGAGUCCUAGAGAGGCUGGAGCACUACCACCAAGCUCACCCAGACGUGCCUUCCCUCCAGCCCAGCACGUUACUGCGGAGGCUGGUGGCCAGUGGCAGCCCCCCUGUCCAGCAGUGGAGAGGAUUCAUUAAAAGGAUGCGUAGCCAGCUCUGAGUCACCUCAAUAUGUUUCUCAGUUAUAAUCACUACAAUAAUACUGUAUAAAAUUGCACGUAAACAAUAAUAAUAAU